AUGAACGAACUGAAUUUGAGAUGGCAAGGAGAAAACCAGCUUCUUCCUGAUUUGUAUACUAAUAUUAAAUCGUUCCGACAGAAAAUAAUACUGUUUGAAUCACAAUUAUGUAAAAAAGGUUUCACUCAUUUUAAAACAUGUGAAAUAAUCAGCCACACUACUGAUACUGAGUCUCCCGUCGAUUUUACAAUCGAAGCUUUUAGUGCUUUGAAGAUAAAUUUUGAUACUCGUAUCUCAGACUUUGAUGUUAUUGCAUAUGAAAUUAAACUUUUUCCAAAUCAUUUUAAUGCUGACAUUGACACCAUAGCCUAA